AUGGCCAGCCUACUCACCAGCUGGAUUGGAUCCAACAAGCUCACCGCCGACGUGGAACAAGGUCCGAGCGAUCCUGCUCGAGCACGAGCUACAAGUUCCGGCUCAACCUCAAUGUCUCCCAUCGAUCGCGCCACAUCCAUGACACCCAAGGCUCCUUUCCAAUUCAGCUCCCAGCCCGAUUGGCCCUUCAAGACUUCGAGAGAUCACAAUCGCGAGGCUUCCGAGGCUACACUCAACGGCCGUGCCAGCGAAGCACCUGCAGCAACGCAUCCCUCUAUGACAUCGCAUCCCUACGACGGGCCGCUGAUCAAACCGAGUGCAAGCAGACCCACGUCGAUGGCAAACGGAUCCGAGCUCAGCCACGAAAGACUCACCGCGUUCAGCUCCACGCUCGGCGGUGUCGACAGCGAAGCUGCCUGGAGCGGGGCUCCCUCCGAAGCCGCCAGGAGCUCAGUGCCACGUCGACGAAAGAAGGUCGCACCUCCUGAGCUGCUCGUCAUUGUCAAGCCGCCGCCUAGCAAACAGACGAAUCCGCUCAACCUGCAGAUCCAACUGGUCAUGCCGCAGCAACUUCAGUCUCGGCGCGAUGGCUCCCAGCGCCGUUUGUCCAUAGACUCGUCUGUAGCCCCUGCCGACCUCUCCGCUACACCUUCAACGGAGUUGCGCAGGAGAGAUUCGAUCGCAUCCACUCGCUCAGCAGGCUCGGAGCUCUCGGCAUCGGGCUCUGUCGCAUCCGCAAGCUCUGGGCGUCGAGUCACGCCCCUCUACAAUCUCAAUUUCCACCACAUCUUGUCCACAACCGUCAGCGACGCAGGAACCGACCAGAAAGUGGCAAAGUAUAUCAAGAAGGGGAUUGAUCUCGAUGGCUUCGGCAUACUUGAGCCCGCAGAGCUGGUCAAUGGCGUCAAUGACCUAGCAACGCUUCACAAAAGAGCGCCCGUGGACCAAGCCACUGCGACAGUGCAGGCUGGCAAUGCCACCAAGAUUUCGCCCAGGAGCGAGACAGACUCAUCUGGUGGUGCACACGACGACGUCUCCGCCCUUUCUGCGCCUACUCACGGCGCGACCACCUCGACGGAGGCAGCAUCGACGACCGAGCCGCCCACCUCGUUCCAAGCCAUGACGCCCGAAGCUCGAGGGGUCGAGGCGAACCUCGGCGGCAAGCUCUUGGGCAAGUUCAAGCGAUUCUCUCUCGGAGUGCGUCCAAACAGCGCAGCCGGCGCUGGUGGCGCUUUUGGACGUGAUGCUGCUGCUGUCUCGACACACGAUCGUCUGACAGCACCGCCAACGGCUGGAGCACCCAGCCUGUUCGGCAGACUCUCGACGGGCGAUACUGCGAGAGGUCAGUACGGCAGCGAGGCUUUGCAGAUGCACCCAGGCGCAGGGCUUGUCGACGGCAAGCGCACAGAGGGUUACAUCUGGACGGUACGCAAGUGGAACCGCAGAGCGCUCGACGGUGCACCUGCCAACUUUGCCGGCAGAACUUCGGCGCUGUCGUCUCCCCCGACGGAUGCUCCGGGCUCGAAUCCGGUGUUGACCAAUGUCUGGAAGCGCUUCAACCUGGUGAAUCGCAUGGGUGGUGACGAGCCUCAUCCGCCGCCCUCGCAGAUCCCGGUGCGGUUCGAGUGGUCACGAAAUUCGAAGAGGAUGUCGAAUCGUCAACGCUACGAAACAGCUCGAGCGAGGCUUCGCGCGAGCGUUUCCUUAAACGCUUCUGUGACAAGCAUCGACCGCCAAACUGGUCUCGAGGCAAGUCGGAGCAAUGCGUCGCUGGGUCGCCAACCAGCGCAAACGGCGACCACAUCGACGUCGGCGCAGUCUCUCGGAGUCGACGAUGUAGGCGUGCCUCGUCUCAGUACCGGCGAUGCGGCUCGCUCGACAUCUCGACCCUCGUCGUUCAUCUCUGGAGCCGGACACCGGUCUCCGAGGCCAUCCAUGGACACAUCAGCUGCCGGUUCCUCGGCUCCUCACGGCGACGAGGAUGUCGAUUCCGGCGACGAGUCCGAUCCCGAAGACAGCGAGACUCCUUGGAACUGUCACCUCGUGCUGGGUCCUACAACGCGGAUCCCGCUAGGGACGCUUUCGCCUGCACCGCACCAUCCCAAGCUUGUGGGUCAGCUGGCGGUGCCCUUCCCGCUACCAGACUUGAGCAGCACGGGUUUGGGGCCAGAUGGCGCGGGGUUGACACGCGAAGAGUUGAAGGAUGUCAUCAUUGUGACGUGCUUGCAUUUGAUUGUGAGGGAGAGCUUCGGUGGGUUGGCGAGGAGGAAGAGCAAUGCUAGUGUCGAGGGAGGGGGAGGGGGAGCGGGGUUGGCGGGUGCGGCUAUGGCGAAUGUGAACGGGUGGAGGCUGGCGAGUGUUCCCAAGAAGUAG